GAAAUUUGUUAACAAUUGGAAGAGUUUACUGGCCUGGCCAGUUGUGAAAUUUAGCACCCAGUAUUAGAUUCUUAAUAUAGGAUUAACUUGGGAAUUGUGAGUUUCCAAGUGUGGAAAAGGUGAAUGCAUCCCCUUCUCUGUCACCGCAGAAAAGUCAACAGCCCCAAUCUGCAUGUGAGUCAGAAGCAGUAAGUGCCCUGCUUAACAGAGUUAACAUCCUCCCUUCUCUUCCUUUCCCUUCUUUACAACUUUGACACAUUCCUUUAGUCACUCAUGUUGUGUUGUUGUGUUUGUGUGUGUGUGCAUGUGCAGAUAGCUUUCCUGAAGGCCUGGACUCUUGCUAAAUGUAUGCCUUUCAUUUGAAUCUGGCAUACUUCUCCUAUGAAAACGUGUCUCUCCUAUCCCAGCACAAUGCAGAUGUACAGCAAAUGUUAGCGGCUGCUGGUUCUUCUAAAAACAGUGAUGGGAAAUCCAGGCAAAGGAUGUGUUGUUUUCGCUACUACUUCUCUUUAAAUCUCAGAUGAUAGCUAAACUGUCAGCUAAUUACCCGGUGGGCCCCAGGCUUUCACUGCAGCCUUCUAAAAUACACAAAACCCAAGUGAAGGCGGGACGCCAUUAGCACUACAUAAUUGAAGCAAACAAUCUAUGUGUUUACUCUGCCAGCUACUGACCACCUGCCUUCCCAUCCCACCAGGCAGGUAUCUAUAUAUAGGAUGUCCUUGUUCACAGUCCUGCAGAGAGGGAGCCUCUCCCUGGGGCUUCACCAUCUGUGAAUCUGAAAGCAGCUCAGCCCGGGACAGCAUGCGUCUCCUCUUAUUUCAGCUGUUGGUGCUCCUGCCUCUAGGGAAGGCUGGACAGCGUCUGCAUGGCAGCCAGAGUCAGAGUCCUCUUUCCCUUGUGCUCUUAGAAAGACAUCGCAGGGAGCUCCCCAUGGGCAACCAGGAAGAAGCAGAGGAUAAGCCAGAUCUGUUUGUGGCAUUGCCACACCUGAUGGGUGCCAGCUCAGCAGGGGAAAGCCAGAGGCAGAGAGAGAAGAUGCUGUCCAAGUUUGGCAGGUUCUGGAAGAAGACAGAGAGAGAACUGCACCCGGCCAGGGGCUCGGAUGAUGAGCACUUCUCACCUGGGAUCCAGGCCCUCACUCAGCCAAUGGAUGGGAUGAGAGCGGAGAAAUCUCCUCUUCGAGAAGAAGCCAAGAAAUUCUGGCAUCACUUCAUGUUCAGAAAGAGUCCAGCUUCACAGGGGAUCAUCUUGCCCAUCAAAAGUCAUGAAGUUCAUUGGGAGACCUGUAGGACAGUGCCCUUCAGCCAGACUAUCACCCAUGAAGACUGCGAAGAAGUAGUUUUGCAGAACAACCUCUGCUUUGGGAAAUGUGGGUCCGUUCACUUUCCUGAAGCUGUGCCACACCUCCAUACCUUCUGCUCCCACUGUUCACCUGCCAAGUCCACCACAAUGCACUUGCAACUGAACUGCACCGGAGUUCCCCCCGUUAUCAAGGUGGUGAUGUUGGUGGAAGAGUGCCAGUGCAAGGUGAAGACAGAACAUGAAGAUGGGCACCUUCUACAGGCUGGCUCCCAGGACUCCUUUAUACCAGGAGUUUCCACUUAAGAAGUUUUCUCACUAUUACCUUUGAAAAGCAAAACCUGAACAGUAAAGUUGCUGAUUAUUCAGUCUGGAAAUGUUGUGUGUACAAAAUGCUUUAAGGUCAAGGUGGUUUGUAAAAGCCUUCUUUAUCUGAAGUUUUUCAUCUAUAUUUGAGGGACUCAACCUAGCUGAUUGCUAAAGUCUUUCUGCUACAGUAUUCUGUGACCUAUCUUCUUCAAGUGUUAGUAAAAGCCCUCCAUCCAAAGAAGGAAAAUAAAUAAACCCGGCCAUCGAAA